AGGAAAGCGCUCCCUGAUCGCUGCCGGGAGGGCGCGGCCUUGGGAAACAGCUGUUUCUCCAUCGGAAUCCUUUUAAUUCCUCCCACCCCAAACCCUAUUUGGACACGUCCCUUUAUCGAGCGAAUCCCAUUUGGAGCCUAAGAGUCGUUGCAUCUGUGGGAAAAGCCUUUGGGGAGAGGCAGUGUUUGUGGCCUCAUCCUGUGCUCCAGCCUCGCAGCUGCUCAGCAGAGCCUCCUUGCUGGGAACUCCUCCAGUGUGGGAUAUCGGGUGGCUCUCGGCCGCCUCUCUCCUUCCUCACAUGAGGCAGCGGUGACAAAUUCCACCAUGUGGUGUGAAAUAGUGUCCCUUCUCCGCUCCCUGGGCAGCGCUCUCGUGUCCUACUUCGAUGCUAAGAAGAAAAGAAAGGUGGCAGAGAUUUACCAGGCUCUGAACAGUGACCCCAUCGACGUGGCGGCGCUGAGGCGGAUGGCGAUCAGCGAGGGCGGGCUCCUCACGGACGAGAUCCGGUGCAAAGUGUGGCCAAAGCUGCUCAGUGUCAACACAGACGACCUGCCCCCUCUUCCAGCAGGGAAGGAGCUGCGAGAGGACAACAAGGAUUACCAGCAAGUGUUACUGGACGUGCGGCGAUCCCUGCGCCGCUUCCCGCCAGGGAUGCCAGAUGACCAGAGGGAAGGACUGCAGGAGGAGCUCAUCGAUAUCAUCCUCCACGUCCUCAAGCGGAACCCCCAGCUGCACUACUACCAGGGCUACCAUGACAUCGUGGUCACCUUCCUCCUGGUGGUGGGGGACAGGCUGGCCACGGCGCUGGUGGAAAAGCUCUCAACGCAUCAUCUCAGGGAUUUUAUGGACCCAACGAUGGAUAAUACCAAGCACAUUUUAAAUUACCUGAUGCCCAUCAUAGACCAGGUGAACCCUGAGGUGCACGACUUCAUGCAGAGUGCGGAGGUGGGAACCAUCUUUGCUCUCAGCUGGCUGAUCACCUGGUUUGGACACGUUUUGUCUGACUUCCGGCACGUCGUGCGAUUAUAUGACUUCUUCCUGGCUUGCCACCCGCUGAUGCCCAUUUAUUUUGCUGCUGUGAUCGUGCUGCACAGGCAGCAGGAAGUUCUGGAGUGCGAGUGUGACAUGGCCUCUGUCCACCACCUCCUGUCCCAGAUCCCACAGGACCUUCCUUACGAGUCUCUGAUCAGCAAAGCUGGAGACCUUUUUGUCCAGUUCCCACCAUCUGAACUCGCCAAGGAGGCAGCUCAGCAGCAGGCGGAACGAACUGCGGCUUCCACUUUUAAGGACUUUGAGUUGGCAUCAGUGCAGCAGAGACCAGACACUGUGUUGAGGCAGCGCUUCAGGGAGCGGCUCCGAGGGGAGGAGCGGCUCCGAGGGGAGGAGCGGACAAAAUCCAUCUUGACAAAGCCCCGGACCAACCGCUUUGUCAAGCUGGCAGUGAUGGGGCUGACGGUGGCGCUGGGAGCAGCUGCCCUGGCUGUGGUGAAGAGUGCACUGGAGUGGGCACCCAAGUUUGAACUGCAGAUUUUCCCCUGAAUCCAGAGGAAUGGCCUUCCCUGUCACGACGUCCUUCCCUGGUGGGGAGGGCUGAUGUUUGAUGGGAGGACAUGUCCGGAAACGACCUGCCUGAAGAUUAUUUUUUAUUCUUGCUGCGUCCAGUGACGCUUUUGGCCUUUGUGACAGAGACUGAGGGAACCAGCCUGGCAGGACGGUUCCCCACACCGUGCUCACCUUGUUCCCCUCUCCCCGUGCAGGGGUGAGCAGACAGGCACUGCCGCCGACCCGGGAAGAACCGGAGGUACGGACAAGUCUGGCUGUUCAGGCUGUGCUCAGGUGACUGUACAAAGGGAGAGCUGUGUGUGGGCUGUGCCGAAAUGAUCCUGUGUUCUCCACUGGGGAAAAUUAGUGGGAGUGAGAACCUGCAAGAGAGUGUCCCAGCAGGGUUUGGCCUGGCUGUGUGCAUGUGUGGGGUUGAAGGGCUGUUGCACUGGUGAGGAACAGGGCAGCCCUUCGGCUCCUCAUUGCUCCAGCGUGCUCUGCGAUCUGCCUUCAGCUUUGCUGGUGCUCCAGCCCUUCCCUGUCCUGUAGGCACCCUCUGAGUAGAGCCCAACCUUUCACACACCCCCGUCAGCGCCACGCCAUGAGCUUCUCUCCAGUGUGUAACACUCCCUGGCUCUUUUUGCUUCCUCAUCUUUGCAGCCUGAUCUGUUUAUGGGAGAGGAGGGCAGGGGACAGGAGCAGACCUUAGCUCAGCUCUUGGGCACUGCUGCUCCUGUGCUGGCAGUACCAUGAUCUUAUCUGGGGUCAGUGAGGUGAGGCACAAGUGUGCUUGCCCUGCCAAGGCUGUGUGUUGUCAUGUGCUAGGUCACAUCACCACAAGUCUUAGUGGUACUGUGGACACAUAUUGCAGACUUCUUUACCAGCUCUGGAAGUGGGCACUAACAUGGAGAAAGGCUUUUUCCACCUUGUGAAACACUUAGCACAGGACAGAAGUCAUUGCAGUAGGAAAUGUGUCAUAAACCUCCCCCACAAGUUGAUCAGGCUUCAGCAUCACAGCCCCGUUGGGAGUCCCAGCACUCCCUGCCCUCCAAGCUAAGCAGCAAAUCCUCCUAGAGAACUUGGUGUCCCACUGAGACAAAGCCAAUAGACACUAUAUGCCUCUACCUCUCCCCCGAGCUGCUAAACCUCCCUCAAGUGCCCUUACCUGCCUCUCACAGCUCCCUCCCGCUUCCCCAUCACUGCUCUGUUGUGCCCAAAGCCAUCUGUGCCGUGCCCAGGGGCUGCACACCUGAAAAGGAGGUGUUGGUUGAAGAGUUAAGGAUUUAGGGAUGGAGAAGGAAACUCAUGCCCUGCAAAGCUCAGCACCCCCCUGUCCCACCCCACUGCCUGUUGGCCCAUAACUGCCCUGGGUAUGUUCUGGUUUGCCCCGUGAGCCCUCACUCAUGGAGGGGCCGUGCCUUUCUGGCCAGAGGGCAGGUGUGCAGUCGUCAUUCCUGACCUGUGUUCCCAUGAGGCUCUGAGCAGGAGUUCUCUUGCAGAACUUGCAGUUCUCUGUAGGUGAAAUCUGGAGGGUAUAAAUCUGCCCUUGUCCAGGCAGGGCAGCAAGGCCUGUUCCUUCCUCUCCUCUCUGGUGCCAGUGCCCAUGGAGAGAGCCAGGGCUGGUCAUGGGGCUCCUCACGGCGUGGCUGAAGGCAGAGCCCAUUCUUGGCCCCUCAGCACCCCCUGGAACACCAGAGCAGGACAGUGGGCUGGGUCACUUAGCACUUUAGAAACCGGUGGUGCAGGAGAGUGUGGUGACCUGGGGGUGCUGCUGGAAGGCCCAAGACCCCUCUGUACACUGCCCCAAAGGAGGGGAUGGCUGGACCCCCCGGGGGUAGCCCCUGCAGCCCCUCCACUCCCUGGCCAUGAUGCACUUUAGUUCUUGUGUUGUCCCCGGGGGAGGAAGGGCCUGGGAGGAGACAGUCGCUGUGGGUGCUUCACUUAACUCUGUACAAAGACUUACACACCCCCUGUAAAUGCGGAUUUCUACAAACCCUGAAACUGUAAAAUAAACAGUUACUAAACACA